UCACCCGGGAAAGUCAAACAUUUGUCCGUUUCUAAAACCUGCUUUCAACCGUCUGCGUGCCUGCAGAGCAUGGUGGGUGACAGUGACAGCACCAGUGACCUGGAUGAGGAGCUGCCAGUGUUCACCUUCCUGCAGCCAGCUGGCAGCUCCAGCCUGACGUGUCAGAGAGGUGCAGCUGGACCUGCUGUGAUGCUGAUCAGCAGUGAUUCAGAUGAUGAGGAGCCUGAUGUUCCUCUGGCACAGAGACUCAAACACAGACAGGAUGCUUCCAUCAGCACCUCCUCUGUGCUCCACCGAGGAGGAGGAGCUGAGCUGGGUUUACCUUCUGAACAGGUGAAACAAACCAGCCAGGUGGAGGAUGGUGCUCCUCUAAAGAACAGAGCCAAGAGGACAGCAGAGGAGGUGCAGGAGUCCAGGGAGCAGGCUGUGAGGAGGAGGAGGAGGCAGCUCACAGACACACAGCAGGAACAACAGAGGAGAGCUGUGGCUCAGGCUGCCAGGGCUCUGAGGCCAGACGAGUGCAUCAAACACAUGCUGGUGUGUGUGGAUCCAGCUGUCCUGCAGGUGGAAGGGGGCGGGGCUCUGCUGGCUGCAGUGCAGGCUCUGGGCUGCAGCUGUGUCGUUGAAAGACAAGUCAUCCCUCGCAGUGUCAGCUGGGCCCGGAGCGCCCCCUGUGGUCAGCAGGAUGAAGGGGGCUGUGUACCUGAGGAUCAUGUUGUGAUGCAGAUGACUUCAGAUGACUUCAUUCCUCUGAUCCACAGCUACAUCCAGGAAGCAAGGCAUGGCAGGUCAGACUGUGGUCCCACCCUGACCACCUGGAUCCAGCAGCAGCAGAGGACACACCCCAACAAAACCCUCAGUCUGGCAGUCAUGGAGCUGGAGAAAUAUUUCAGAGUGAAGAAGUCUCACAGCCAGAAGAAGUUCAGAGAGGCUGUCGUUGGAGAGGAAACCAGGGGAAAGAAAGGCAGGAAAGCUGGAGCUGAGGGGUUACCUGAGGUUUCCAGAGUUGAUGUAGAGGAGGCAUUGGUGCAUCUCCAGCUUCACUCGAACGUCUCGGUCCAGUUCUUAUCAACAUGGAAAGAGUUCUCAGAUUACAUCACAAUGACAACAAAAGCAGUUGCAGAGGCACCAUACAAGAGAGAGCGAGAGAAGACGGGCUUCUCCUUCUACCUGGAGAGUGAGUGGGCGGGGGGCCAGCGGGUGGAGAAAGGUGGUAAAGGUCUGCUGCAGGUGUGGAAGAGGCAGAUCCAACAGCUCAGCAGAGUCAGUCCAGAUGUAGCUGCUGCUAUCCUGGCAGAGUAUCCCUCCCCCCACCUACUCAGGAAGGCCUACAGUCAGUGCAGGACUGAGAGCCAUAAGGUCUCUGUGCUCUCUGGGCUCCUGAUCCGCCGGGGAGAAGGCAUCACCUCCACCACUCGAAGAGUCGGCCCGGAGCUUUCCAAACGCCUCUAUCUGAUGAUGCAUUGUUCAGAUCCUGAAUACGUCCUGGAUGGCAGCCUCUGACAUUUCUAAAUUAUCAUUUUUUACAGGUUUUACUUUGAGGUCGUGCUGCUGUCUUGUAGAUAAUCACUUCAUUGAAAUGUAAUGUUCUGUCAUUUCAGUUUCAUUAAAGCUUUAUUAAAAUGACCAUUUUGAAUAAACAAACAUUUUUCUUU